CAACCCAACUGACACCACCAUCAAGUCGAAAGCAAUUUGUACAGCAUCGCCACCAGAUCGGGGACUCUCUUCGUACAGCGCCUGCGACGUGUGCGGCACCGUUCCUCCACUCGCCAUGUGGUCGCAAUGGCUUCGGCAACCCCCACAACGAUGAGCGCCAAAUACAGUGGAAGAGCUCUCUUCUUUGAUCAUGGUAAUGGGUGGUUACCUCUCUAAUAUGGAUGUGUUCACGCCGACAGUAGAUGACUUCAACAAAAUGAACAUUUGGGACGGGGACGGCGUUCCAACACUAUUCCCAACAGAUGUCCAUUCAUCUGCUACGCCACUCUCUGGUCAUCGGCAAUGUUCCGCUGGCUUUGCGCUCGUUUGUUGAACGCCUCUUGGAAACGCGUGAUGGAAAAAUCGUUCUUCAAUGGUGCCUGGAACAAGUUAAAGUCGUUAACACAGAUAUGGUACCCACGGAUUUGGCUUCAGUCACGCGCGCUCAAGACCUGCGAUUUGUACGAAAGAAUUUUCUACACGAUGCGACGAGCGUAACACAUUCCACUUGUUGUACUCUACUUCCGUCGCCACGCGGCUUUACACGCAGCAGCCCCACGCUCGCGGCGCCUCAAACGGCCUAUGGAUUCGGGACGUUUCAAAUCGCGAGCAACCUCAUCCUGACAUCUAUCGACGCACAGUGCACUUUGAUGCCUUUUCCGAGUCCUGCGACAAGACAGCCGCGCCGCCACUGCACCAGCGGCUGCCAGCGUCGUGUACCUUCUCUGCUACGUUAUGCUCAUGAUCCUGUCAUUACAGCGUCAGAAUAUUUAUGCCGGAGCAGCUGCCUCAGAAUGUUUCCCAUCUUGUUUCCUCGUUUCUCGGUGCUAUUGGAUAUGAGCAUAUUGCCUAAGGACUCGUCUUGUUUGGCGAGACGACACUUUGACAUGUAUGUGUUAGCUGUCAGACAGAUACCGACGACGGCUGCCAAUGUUUCGCCCAGCUAACGAUGAUCUGGACCAUUGUUGAUCGAUUACACCUUCAUGAAGUGUCCGAGAAAUAGAUCGAUUGGAGCUCCCAACUCGAGUUCGAGACCUUCGCAGAGUCACACUGACAACCGAGCACGGGCACGCGAUCAGUUGCAGCUCGCUAUCUGCACGACUCGGACGCUAGGUACCCUAGUCAUGAGCGUCUCUUCGUAUGUCGGAGAUCCCCAGCCUGAUGAGGCUGCAUGAGGCUCUUUCCGCUAUCUACACCAAACAGCUGUAGCCGCCUCAGAGGCCCACAGCCCUACGUCAAUUUUGCUAUCCACGCACACAGCAGGUUCAUGCCAUGUUUCAAGUGCGCACACUGACAUACGAUAGCCGCACUGUCUUUAC